AUGUCUGCUACAUUGAGCUUUUUAUUUCCCAAAGGUUGCAUUUUCGCGGGUAACUCAAGCUCGACUUACAUCCAAAGAUUGGAUCACAUCAGGCAGUUCGUAUCAGUGAGUAAGAUCGAAGAGGUACGCAUUGAAAAUGAAUUUAAAGCAAGAACACUUGUGACAGCAUUGACAUCAAACGAACGAAAACUUCUUCAGGCUGCUCUUGGCAAUCUCGAAAAGCAAUUCCUACCAAUUAUAUCAAACGGGAAAUAUCUUUCGCGUCAGCAAACAUAUCAACUUUUCUUGGUAAAUUCGAUACCUUUCAUUGGUUUUGGAUUUCUUGAUAAUGUUAUCAUGCUCGUUGCUGGUGAAUACGGACAAGACAAUUGGUAA